AUGGCGUUUAUUAAAGAGGAGAGUGAAGAUGUGAAGAUUGAAGAAACAUUCAGAGUCAAGCAUGAAGAUCUGCAGGAACAAACAGACCUAAUUGAAGAGAAUGAGGAGAGUAAAGAGGAGGAACAUCAUGUCAAAAUUGAGGAAAAAACUCAUUUACAGACUGAUGGUAUUUUGAAAAGGAGAGACAAGAAUUGUUUGACCUGCACUCAGUGUGGAAAGAGUUUCAGCCAAUCUUCAUCCCUUAAUCAACACAUGAGGAUCCACACUGGAGAGAAACCAUUCACAUGCACUCAGUGUGGGAAGAGUUUCAGCCACUCAUCAUCUCUUAAUCUACACAUGAGGAUCCACACUGGAGAGAAACCAUUCACAUGCACUCAGUGUGGGAAGAGUUUCAGCCACUCAUCAUCUCUUAAUCUACACAUGAGGAUCCACACUGGAGAGAAACCAUUCACAUGCACUCAGUGUGGGAAAUGUUUCAGCCAAUCAUCAAACUUAAAUCAACACAUGAGGAUCCACACUAAAGAGAAACCAUUCACUUGCACUUAUUGUGGGAAGAGUUUCAGCCUUUCAUCAUCCCUUAAUAUACACAUGAGGAUCCACACUGGAGAAAAACCAUUCGCAUGCACUCAGUGUGGGAAGAGUUUUAGCUGUUUAUCACACCUUAAUCACCACAAGUGGAUCCACACUGGAGAGAAACCAUUCACAUGCUCUCAGUGUGGGAAGAGUUUCAGCCAAUCAUCAUCCCUUAAUAUACACAUGAGAAUCCACACUGGAGAGAAACCAUUCACAUGCACUCAGUGUGGAAAGAGUUUCAGCCAAUCAUCAUCCCUUAAUAUACACAUGAGGAUCCACACUGGAGAGAAACCAUUUACAUGCACUCAGUGUGGGAAGAGUUUUAACUGCUCAUCACUCCUUAAUAAACACAUGAAGAUCCACACUGGAGAGAAACCAUUUGCAUGCACUCAGUGUGGGAGGAGUUUCAGCCACUCAUCGUCCCUUAAUCGACACAUGAUGCGCCACACAGGAGAGAAACCAUUCAUGUUUAAUCAUUGUGGGAAGAGUUUCACCCAAUCAUCAUCCCUUAAUCAACACACGAGGAUCCACACUGGAGAGAAACCAUUCACAUGCACUGAUUGUGGGAAGAGAUUCAGCAGAUCAUGGCACCUUAAUCAACACACAAGGAUCCACACUGGAGAGAAACCAUUCACAUGCACUGAUUGUGGGAAGAGUUUCAGCAGAUCAUGGCAGCUUAAUCAACACAUGAUGAUCCACACUGGUGAGAAACCAUUCACAUGCAUUCAGUGUGGGAAGAGUUUCUGCCGAUCAUCGUCCCUUAAUCUACACAUGAGGAUCCACACUGGAGAGAAACCAUUCACAUGCACUCAGUGUGGGAAGAGUUUCAGCCAAUCAUCAAACCUUAAUAAACACAUGAAGACCCACACUGGUGUGAAACCAUUUACAUGCACUCAGUGUGGGAAGAGUUUCAGCCAAUCAUCAGACCUUAAACAACACAUGAUGAUCCACACUGGAGAGAAACCAUUUACAUGCACUCAGUGUGGGAAGAGUUUCAGCCGCUCAUCACACCUAAAUGAACACACAAUGAUCCACAUCAGAGAGAAACCAUUCACAUGCACUCAGUGUGGGAAGCGUUUCAGCCUAUCAUCAUCCCUUAAUCUACACACGAGGAUUCACACUGGAGAGAAACCAUUCACAUGCAGUCAGUGUAGGAAGAGUUUCAGCCAAUCAUCAAACCUUAAAAAACACAUGAGGAUCCACACUGGAGAGAAACCAUUUAGAUGCACUCAGUGUGGGAAGAGUUUCAGCCAAUCAUCACACCUUAAUAAACACAUGAUGAGCCACACCAUUCAGAACAAGAGUUGUUUUACCUGCACUCAGUGUGGAAAGAGUUUGGCAAGCAAAAGCAAACUGAACAUUCACAUGAUGAACCACACUGGAGAGAAACCAUUCACAUGCACUCAGUGUGGGAAGAGUUUCAGCCAAUCAUCAUACCUUAAUCAACACAUGAGGAUUCACACUGGGGAGAAACCAUUCAUAUGCACUCAGUGUGGAAAGAGUUUCAGCCACUCAUCAUCCCUUAAUCAACACAUGAGAAUCCACACGGGAGAGAAACCAUUCUCAUGCACUCAGUGUGGGAAGAGUUUUAGCCAAUCAUCAUCCCUUAAUCUACACAUGAGGAUCCACACUGGAAAGAAACCAUUCAAAUGCACACUGUGUGGGAAGAGUUUCAGCCAAUCAUCAUCCCUUAAUCAACACAUGAUGAUCCACACUGGAGAGAAACCAUUUACAUGCACUCAGUGUGGGAAGAGUUUCAGCCAAUCAUCAUCCCUUAAUCUACACAUGAGGAUCCACACUGGAGAUAAGCCUUUCACAUGCACCCAGUGUAGGAAGAGUUUCAGCAACUCAUCAUCACUUUACAGACACAUGAGGAUCCACACUGGAGAGAAACCAUUCACUUGCACUCAGUGUGGGAAGAGUUUCAUCCAAUCAUCAUCCUUUAAUCUACACAUGAGGAUCCACACUGGAGAGAAACCAUUCACAUGCCCUAAGUGUGGGAAGAGUUUCAGGAAAUCAUCAUUCAUCACUAUUCACAUGAGGAUCCACACUGGAGAGAAACCAUUCACAUGCACCCAGUGUGGGAAGAGUUUCAGCUUAUCGUGGUCCCGUAAUCUACACAUGAGGAUCCACACUGGAGAGAAACCAUACACAUGCACUCAGUGUGGGAAGAGUUUCAGCAGCUCAUCACACUUUAAUUACCACAUGAGGAUCCACACUGGAGAGAAACUAUUCACAUGCACUCAGUGUGGGAAGAGUUUCAGCUGCUCAUCAUCCCUUAAUCAACACAUGAGGAUCCACACUGGAGAGAAACCAUUCACAUGCCUUCAGUGUGGGAAGAGUUUCAGCAAAUCAUCAAACUUUAUUCUACACAUGAUGAUCCACACUGGAGAGAAACCUUUUAAAUGCACUCAGUGUGGGAAGAGUUUCAGCCAAUCAUCACACCUUAAACACCACACGAGAAUCCACUCUGGAGAGAAACCAUUUACAUGCACUCAGUGUUGGAAGAGUUUCAGCCGCUCAUCAUACCUUAAUCAACACAUGAGGAUCCACACUGGAGAGAAACCAUUCACAUGCACUCAGUGUGGGAAGAGUUUCAGCCAAUCAUCACACUUUAAUUACCACAUGAGGAUCCACACUGGAGAUAAACUAUUCACAUGCACUCAGUGUGGGAAGAGUUUCAGCUGCUCAUCAUCUUUUAAUCAACACAUGAGGAUCCACACUGGAGUGAAACCAUUCACAUGCCUUCAGUGUGGGAAGAGUUUCAGCAAAUCAUCAAACUUUAUUCUACACAUGAUGAUCCACACUGGAGAGAAACCAUUCAAAUGCACUCAGUGUGGGAAGAGUUUCAGCCAAUCAUCACACCUUAAACACCACACGAGAAUCCACUCUGGAGAGAAACCAUUUACAUGCACUCAGUGUGGGAAGAGUUUCAGCCGCUCAUCAUACCUUAAUCAACACAUGAGGAUCCACACUGGAGAGAAACCAUUCACAUGCACUCAGUGUGGGAAGAGUUUCAGCCAAUCAUCACACCUUAAUCACCACAUGAGGAUCCACACUGGAGAGAAACCAUUCACAUGCACUCAGUGUGGGAAGAGUUUCAGCCAAUCAUCACACUUUAAUUACCACAUGAGGAUCCACACUGGAGAUAAACUAUUCACAUGCACUCAGUGUGGGAAGAGUUUCAGCUGCUCAUCAUCUUUUAAUCAACACAUGAGGAUCCACACUGGAGUGAAACCAUUCACAUGCCUUCAGUGUGGGAAGAGUUUCAGCAAAUCAUCAAACUUUAUUCUACACAUGAUGAUCCACACUGGAGAGAAACCAUUCAAAUGCACUCAGUGUGGGAAGAGUUUCAGCCAAUCAUCACACCUUAAACACCACACGAGAAUCCACUCUGGAGAGAAACCAUUUACAUGCACUCAGUGUGGGAAGAGUUUCAGCCGCUCAUCAUACCUUAAUCAACACAUGAGGAUCCACACUGGAGAGAAACCAUUCACAUGCACUCAGUGUGGGAAGAGUUUCAGCCAAUCAUCACACCUUAAUCACCACAUGAGGAUCCACACUGGAGAGAAACCAUUCACAUGCACUCAGUGUGGGAAGAGUUUCAGAUCUGCUAGAAGCUUAAAGACCCACAUGAGAAUUCACACUGGAGAGAGGCCGUACACAUGCCAACAGUGUGGAAAGAGUUUUAAGCAAAUUGGCACCCUUAAAGGCCACAUGAGAAUUCACACUGGAGAGAGGCCGUACACAUGCCAACAAUGUGGAAAGAGUUUUAAGCAAAGUGCCACACUUAAAGGCCACAUGAGAAGUCACACUGGAGAGAGGCCGUACACAUGCCAACAGUGUGGACAAAGCUUCUAUUAUGCAGGAAACUUUGCAGCGCACAAGAGAAUUCACACUGGAGAAAAGCCCUACACAUGUCAACAGUGUGGAAAGAGUUUUAAGCAAAGUGGCACCCUUAAAGGCCACAUUAGAACUCACAAUGGAGGAAAAACACUGUGUGGUAAAAGUUUUGCUCAAAAACAAAAGCUUGACACCGACAUGAUGAUCCACACUGGAGAGAAACCCUACACAUGCACAGAGUGUGGUAAAAGUUUCACAUGUAAAAGCUCACUCAUUAACCACAUGAAAACUCACACCAGAGAGAAGCUGUUUGCAUGUAAUCAGUGUGAAAAGAGCUUCACAUGUAAAGCUAACCUCAUGAACCACAUGGAUGGUCACUCUGGAAUCAUAGUGUUCAUAUGUGAUCAGUGUGGAAAGAGUCUCACACGCAAAGACUACAUUAAGCAACACAUGAAGACUCACUCAAGAGAGGAUCGUUUUAGAUGCAGUGAGUGUGGAAAGAGCUUUAAACAAAAAAUAAACCUCAGCGCUCACAUGAAGCUUCACAAUGCAGAGCAAAGUCCUCAACAUUGAGACCUUCUCCACACAAACACGAGUAUAUUGAAAAUGGCAGCUUUUUCAUGUAGUUUGGCUGUUCAUUGACAUGAAGUUUAUUUAUAAACUACUUUCGAGAGGAUCACAUGCUUAUUAUUGUUCACGACUGGUCCAGCAUUAGCUAAAACAUGAUUCACCAAUCAGAUGAUUCCUGACUCCCUAUAAAUGACAAGAGAUUCUUACCUCUUUUAUCUUCAUCGUUAUCUUUUAGACUCCCUAAAGCCCUGUUCAGACUACACAAUGCCAUUUGUCAGUUACGACAGAUGAGAUUUGUGUCAGAUUAUGAGAUUUUGACUUGAUCAAAUCUUGAUGUGCUGUGGAUAACAAAUGAAGACUUUGGUUUCAAAACACUACACAUAUAUUUUGAUGGACUAAUCUCAGAAAAGAAACAAGUUUUCUUCAUGAAGACAAUUAAACUUAAAAGAAGAAAUUAAACUUUCAAUAGACAACUGCUUGCCUUUAAAUAUACGUUCAUGUGAAACUCCAACAUUACUACAAAUAAAUCAUUGUAUGGGAAA